AUGGGUGAUUUCUGUGAUCGCUUUCCUCGGAGAUGCUGUUCUUCGUUGCCGCUAGCUGCUGGAUUUGGACACAUAAGAUGUUUAAGAUCAUUAAUUGAAAAAGCAGCGGAUAUAAGUCAGAUAAAUGCAGCCACACUUGGAUUUGGUUCCACACCUUUAAUGGUUGCAGUUGAGAAGGAACAGCUUGGAGCAGUGAGGUUUCUUCUCAAUCAAGGCGCUGACGUCAACCUGAAAGACGAUUACGGUUUCACCGCGCUUCACUUAGCCGCUGUAAGCUCCAUGUAUGAAGUCGUGAUCUGCUUGGUCGAAAACGGCGCUGAUGUCAAUGCAGUGAAUUUGAGGGAUGUGACCCCGUUGAUGAUGGCUUGUGAUGACGACUCGACCAUGGAUGUAGUAAGAUAUCUCAUGAGACGCGGUGCUGACAUGCAUCUAAAAGACGUUGAUGGCUUUACCGCUCUUUUAUAUGCUAUCACCUCGGAUUCGGACUUUGCGCUUGACAUUUUGCGUUUUCUGAUUCAAAAUGGAGCUGAUGUUAACACAAGAAACCUUGAAGAAGCCACCCCACUGAUGCUUGCUAGUUGGAACGGUUAUUUAGACAAAGUAAAAUUUCUCAUUGAACAGGGAGCUGAUGUGGAUGCUCAAGACGAAAAUGGAGGUACAGCUCUUCACUAUGCUGCCUCAACUGAUGAACCAUCACCCGCCCAAAUUGUGAAUACUCUUCUGAUUGCUGGUGCCUCCCAUCAAAGUAACACCUCAGGAUUGACACCUCUUCUUACGGCAUGUAAUGGCCGCAGUGUAGAUGUGGUAGAAUAUUUAAUCCAGCAACCUGAAAUAACCAAAGAGCAGAGAUCCGAUGCUCUGGAGCUUCUUGGGGCUUCAAUUCUAACUUAUACUGUUGGUCGCCAGGAGAUGAAUUGUGACCAAGAUGUUGAGAAAGGAUUCGAGUUCAUCAGGCGUGGCAUGGCCGAGAGACUCGCUGAUCCUUCAAAUCUGUUGCCAAAAAGGCCUGUGCUGGAGCCUGUUGAAGCCUAUCAGUUCAGGAAAGAGAGUCAAACAGUCGAGGAACUCGCUGAGAUUGAAGGUGAUAUGAAUGCUCAACUCAUGGAAAGCCUCAUUAUUAGAGAAAGAAUCCUUGGAGCAGACAAUGUAGAACUGACACUUCCAAUUACCGAAUGUGUUCCUUUUUAUGUUGAGAACAAUGAUUUCGCCACUUACCUAGGGUUUUACAAACGCGCCUUUAAUGUUGCGAAAAGCCACAAUCAGACAGCCAUAAUUGAUGUUUUAACUGCCUUAAUUUACAUGCUACACGAAAGGGUAAAUGAUCUGCCUAAAGAAAUGAUUUUCUUACAAUUGCUUGAUCAAUUAAUUCACGAUUACACAAACGUCCUAAACAUGCCAGAGUUAAAAGAUCUUGAUCACAAGCUUUUGUAUGAGUCUUUGCCAGAUCUACUUACAAUUGUAAGCAAAUUUAAAGAUAGUGAAGAGUUGUUGAGUAUGUCUGAGUUCGUGAAGAGUAUUCAUGGCUUAACCCUUAAAUGUCAUGGGUUCUAUGGCUAUGCUACUAGUUAUACUUAUGGUAAUUCACUGUUACGAAAAUAUGUAAGGUCGCAUGGCAUGGGUGAAAAUCACACAGAUGAAGUGAAGUUUCUUUUGGAGGCAGGGUGCGACGUAAACACCGUCGAUCAAAAUGGAAAUACUCUAUUGCACAUGGCAGUCACUUUUAUGCCCAGGCACAACGGCACUCAACAUUUCACUGACAUGUUGCAGAUUUUGAUGGAUGGAGGCGCUCAUCAUGAUUUUGUGAACAACGAUGGCAAAACACCCAUGGACAUCGCUCGAACUGAAGAAGCUCGCCUGAUUCUGUCUGAGAGGAAACAAAUGAAGUUAAAGUGCAUCUGUGCUAAAGCUGUAAAAAAGUUUUGCAGUUCUUAUUUGGCAAUGGGAGAGGUACCUGUUACACUAGGUAAAUUCAUAAACAUGCACUAAAAUUUGUUUCUUAAAUAAAGGUACAGUGAUAUGGGACAUACUAAACCGCCACAGCAACUUUCCGGGCAUUGGUUUACGACUUGCAUAGCGUUGUUGCUCGCUAAUUCCAACCGCGCACACUAUGACUCCUUGCGCAGCAAUUAUGUUGCAACAACUUAAUGCAAAAAGCAGCAGUAAAGUUUUUCUUUCCAAAUUCGUAAUGGUUCAUGGAAAAGCCGCCAGUGUGAAAACAAUGAUAUCACUCGACAGAAAAUAUUGAAGUUCCAUUUAGUAAACUACAAUAAAUAUACUGCAUAGAUAUACGGGUAGUUACUCAAUGACUUUUACCUCGAUUUACUUCAGUGGUGAUUACAAUGAGAAGUAGUUUGAAACAUCAUUGUAACAGGGCUCAAAGAUUUAAGUAUCAUUAGACAAUAGUAGCAAUAGCAGUAGCAGUACUAGUAAUGUAAUAUGUACAUGUACUAGUGGAACCUUGAACUUUUUAUUUGUUUGUACUUUAUUUACACAUAAGCCUGCAAACGCAUUGUUUAGGUCUUUUGUGGCACAGCACUUGUGUUCAUGAAUUGAACGCCGGUAGACCUGUAUUGAUCGAGUUAUAUUAAAGUAUAUUUUCGUAUUUGAUUGAGUUGUUUGCCCCAAGCUUCCACAGAUCUGAAGGAAUCAAGUGUGUUUUGGUAAUCUGUUAUUUAAUGGAAUACAUCAUGUUUUAGUCAGUUUUUUUUUCAACUGCUUCCUUUAUAUGAUACCCGCCAAGGGUCACGACUGUUUUCCGGUUGUAAUAACGUCGUCAUUUAAAAGGUAUUGCCAUUUCUAACGUUCUUACAGAUUUUCGAGCGAAAGAGAGACUGCUCGCAGUGUACUUAAAAAUAAACGACGAGCUCUGGGGACGAGGAGCCAAUCCACUAAAACAACGCUCGCGCAUGCUCUGGUUAGGCAGACAGUGGCGGACAGCCGCGACAAAUUGAGCGCCGUUCAGUCCUUUCCGCGCGCUUUCCAAUACGUCUCUUCAACUACAGUUCCCCUUCUGUGGCUAAAUCACUCUGUUAUCUUACAAGUGAAGACUACAAUCGGCGACAAAAUGAGUUGAGACACUUCGCCCAAAACUGGGCUUUUUUACGUUUUACUAACUUCAAAAGGAGGAAAUAUAGCUUUCCUCCCCCAUAGCUACCUAUAGAAAACAACAAACACCCCAACUUUGAAUGGAGGGGACAGGGGAGGGGUGCGGAUUCUUUUGUUCUUCGAAGUUACCCUAUUCGAGUACAAUGUCUCAACAAUUUUGUCGCCGAUUGUAGGUUAUUACAUUAAGCCCACAACUGUAAAAUGAUUUGUAGUCUCUUGUGUGAUCUUGCAAAUAGGUGUGUAUACUGUCUAAUGUCUAUAAUCUGGUGUAAUAGGACUGAAUGAAGUCUAAUUUCGCCUGUAAUCUUAUGAGCGAUGAAACAAAAUCGGACGUAUGUAAUAAAUUAUGCGUUGUUGGGGUGAGCUAAAAAGCUUAAGAGCUCAAAGUGUUUGUGAGGUCAGUGCGUUCUUCUCAUGCGCGCAAUUUUUAGCAUAUGUGGAAACGAAAGUCAGCCGGAGGCCUACAACUAGUCGAAAUGCUGGCUACGCCCCUGUCCGUAAGAGUAGUCUCUGCUAUAUUUGUAAAGUUGUCCAAAAAAAAGGGUCACCCUUCCAGCCGAGGAGCUUUUUAUGUACAUUCUCGUCCCCAGAGCCACUUGGCUUAAAAAUAAAGACAACCUCUGUGGACGAGGAGCCAAUGACUAAAUCAACGCUCGCGCAUGCUCUUGUUAGGCAAACAGCCGCGACAAAUUGAGCUCCGAAAGUUGGGUUCAGUCCUUUCCGCGCGCUCUCCCGUAGCUAAAUCACUAUAUUAUCUAACCGUUUAAUCGACGGGCCGAUCCAAAGUGUUUAGGAGACAAUGCCCGUCCAGACGAACCAACUCAUGUUUUUCGUGUAAACGCUUCGUUCGCCACGUUUUGUAAGGAAGUGUGGGAAAAUAUGGCUCGCCAGGUAGCUAGAGGAGGCGGGCGACUGGAGCUAACCCUUCUACCCAUCCUACCCAGGAAAAGUUUUCUUUAUUUAAACAGAGCUAGCUUAACUAGAACUAGACAUUAUAGACUGAACUGCUCUGUUCUAAAUGAAUUUGCGUGCUUCAUGAAAAUUAAAAAAGCGUGUCUCUCGAGCAUGUACUUCAGCCAAAUACUUAGCAGUCGAUGAAAAUAAAAGGUAUUCGGCAAUUUGAUCAUAGUAACACUUGAAGGUUCACGCUUUCUUAGCGACGAAUUCUCGUUAUCUAACGAUUCAAGUAAUGUUCUAUAUUGGCUUCAUACACACACACACACACCUUAAAAUGAAGGAGGGUAGUGGAGAGGGUCGUACUUAACAAAAACGAAAAUAUCAUCAAUGCUGCUGGGUACUUUCUGAAAAUCGCAAAAAUUAACUACAGAACUAAACAUUAUAGACUGAACUGCUCUGUUUUAAAUAUUAUCAAUGCUGCUGGGUACUUUCUGAAAUCGCAAAAAUUAACUAGAACUAAACAUUAUAGACUGUACUGCUCUGUUCUAAAUUAAUUUACGUGCUUCAUGGGAAUAAAAAAAACGUGUCUCUCGAGCAUGUACUUCAGCCAAAUACUUACCAAAAUUAAUUCCCAGAGAGAAACACCAAUCUGUCCUAAUCGCAAAAAUUAGUUCCCGCAAAACAAAAAAAAAUCGCCAAUCCGCACUGAAAUAAAAAACUCCCGCAAAAAUUUCGUGCUACAUGGUAUUAGUUCCCGCUUCGGUGUUAGCCUUUUUUAAAAGCCGCAAUAUUCACUUAAAAAUACUCAAGACUGAACUCUAUACAUUUCCACACAGAAUACUAAGUUGAGAGAAUUGGACUGUAAAAGAUCAAGACAUUUUUUCUUUUGGUAAUCGUUUUAUAAAUUCUCAUAACCUUUUCUCUGAUAUUGCAUGCAAUAUUCUGAGAAGAAAACUGAUGUUAAGACCUCAAGCGAGUUUUUUUUCAUGAAACCCCGCCAUAAAAAAGGAAAAAAGGGACGCUUUAUAACAGAUUAACAAGCGUCUAGUAACUUUUUCCUGCGUUUAAAUUGCACUUUCAGGGUUCCGUGAUAUUUUUCCAAAAAUGUGCUAGUAAUAGUAUGAUACGUGCGCAAAGAUGUGGCUUGAAAAGCAAAUCCGGCUUGCGCAUGUUCAUUUCCGGAAGCCGAUUUCCCAGUGAAAGUUAAAAGGGUAAAGAGCAGCUAAUCUUGUUUAGAAGGAAAAAGGAAAAAGGAUCAGUGCGAGCCAGCACAUCAAUCAGGAAUGCCUCUCACAUGAUUGGAGUUAGUCCUGCCUGGAGGAUUAAUUCUAGACUACGACAACAAGUCUGUUACUAUAAUUUCUUUAUAGUUACGAGGUUAGCAGGCGUAACACACACCCCAAGGCCAAGUGCGUUGUUUUCCUAACGUGCCCUAUGAGUAUAACAACUUGCGGAAAGCAAGCAUGUCCUUAAAUUCUGAACUUCCUGCGAUGAUAGUAAAGCUGCACGUAACUGUUUCUCGGAGUUCCCUGCAUGUGGAGACGAAACUCGUCCGGAACCUAGAAACAAAUAGAAAUGUUCAUUUAAUAUGCAGCAGUACCUGCGAACAGUGAGUUGUUAAAUUAAUUCUCUUGCCUUCACGAAUCCGAGUCGCGGCUGGGUUACCCUACUCCUCCGCAAAGGCUCCCGCUGGAUAUGCCAGUAAAAAUAGCAAUAAUCGAUAAAAAUAGAAAGCGCGCGGGGACGAUGGGAAGAGGGAAAAAGCCCUCUUCCACUCUUCUCUCUUUCCUCUUCCCAUCAUGCCCCGCGCUCUCCUUAUCUUUCUCCCCAGCCUCCCUACUACACGAAGAGGUCUCUGUGGAGGAGAGAGACUGGGUUAUGUACCAGAAUACACUAGGAAAAAAAAUUCCAGAAAAAGGAAUCAAAUUUUCAGCAUCUCUUUCAGUACCCAAAACAAAGUAAAGAAAGCAGUUUUACAAUUUAGAGUAUUACCGAAUUAUUCGUUGAUCAAGAGAUACCAUGUAUCCGAUUUAAAGAUGUAUCGCAAAAACCCAACAUUAGCCAAUAUUAAGCAAAUACGCUUAGAAUUAUUUUGUGAGAAAACAUUUAAUUAUACGCUUUUUAAAUUUAGAUAUUACUAGUUUAAAACAUUGUUCCUGAUAAACUGGCGAUGAUCUUGAAACAUGCUGUUUAUGACAUGAAGCAAAAACAAGAGAGGAUAAAGCGUUAUCCUCUCUUGGCAAAGAAUAGAGAUGAUGUUAUUUCUCUGAUUAUUCUAGACUUUAUAGGUGACACAAUGAAUAAAACGCUGUUUUACAUUAUCAUAAUUUGGCAGGAAGAAAAUAGAUCCCCAAGAAUUAGCCUUCGCACAGACGCCCCUCGCCUCAAAAAAAGAAAAAAAAUCGGGGAUGGAAGCGUCUGUACACAGGCUACCAAGAGCAAAUCUCUCGUUAUGGUUCAAUGGUUCAAUCAAACAUGA